UGCACGUUUGGUUGAGCUAUGAAUGAGGGGCCAUCAUUCCGGUGGCUCGGAGGUGGAAAACAGUUUCUACCCUCGCUACGUGUAUUACGAAUAAAUAGUCAGGUUUUUCUGUCAGGUACUUGAAUGACUAGUCCACCACAUUUCAUCUUUCUGCCGGGUUUUCUUGGAUGUUCUCUUCCAGUCCCUCAUUUUGUUCCAAGAUUCCCCAGGAUCAUUUAAGACCAAUGCCUUAGCUUUAUAAUCGAUUACAAGACUUGCAGACAACUGGUUUAUGUUAAGUUUUAGAGCCCCUUUCCUCACAGAGUUUUACUUGACAUCAGUUUAAAAGGGGCCAUCAGAAUUCCUCAAGCUUCAGCUAAACAAAACAAGAGCCACCAUGUCCUCCAUCCUCCCCUUCACACCUCCGGUUGUGAAGCGCCUCCUGGGAUGGAAGAAGACUCCAGCUGGCAGUGGAGGAGCUGGUGGAGGAAUCAGUGGAGUCGGGGAGCAGAACGGAGGAGGGCAGGAGGAGAAAUGGUGUGAGAAAGCUGUGAAGAGCCUGGUGAAGAAGCUGAAGAAGACAGGCCAGUUGGAUGAGCUGGAGAAAGCAAUCAGCACACAGAACAGCAACACAAAGUGUGUUACAAUACCUAGCAAUUGCUCAGAACUGUGGGGUCUAGGCCCAGGCCACACGAUAGAGCAGUGGGACUCUACAGGCAUGUACGGAUACCCUGACCAUAGCAGGUCCCUCGAUGGCCGUCUGCAAGUUUCUCAUCGUAAAGGCCUGCCUCAUGUCAUCUACUGCCGACUGUGGAGAUGGCCUGACCUUCACAGCCACCAUGAGCUGAGGGCUAUUGACACAUGCCAAUAUGCAUUCAAUCUGAAGAAAGAUGAAGUUUGUGUCAAUCCUUACCACUACCAGAGAGUGGAGACGCCUGUGCUGCCUCCUGUGUUGGUGCCACGCCACACAGAGAUUCUGACAGAACUUCCACCUCUAGAUGACUUCACAAACUCUAUCCCUGAAAACACCAACUUCCCUGCAGGCAUAGAUCCUCCUAACAACUAUAUACCAGACACCCCACCUCCGGGCUACAUGAGUGAAGAUGGAGAGACCAGCGACCAGCAAAUGAAUCAAAGUAUGGAAUCAGGCUCACCAGCAGAAAUGUCACCAAGCGCCCUCUCACCUGUCAGUCACAGCUUAGACCUUCAGCCUGUCACCUACAGUGAACCAGCUUUUUGGUGCUCUAUAGCUUACUACGAGCUGAAUCAGCGGGUUGGUGAGACGUUCCACGCCUCCCAGCCAUCUCUGACCGUAGACGGCUUCACCGAUCCCUCCAACUCUGAACGCUUCUGUUUAGGCCUCCUCAGCAAUGUUAACAGAAAUGCCACUGUGGAGAUGACAAGGAGGCAUAUAGGUCGUGGUGUCAGGUUGUAUUACAUUGGUGGGGAGGUCUUUGCUGAGUGCCUCAGUGACAGUGCCAUCUUUGUCCAAAGUCCCAACUGUAACCAACGAUACGGAUGGCACCCAGCUACUGUCUGCAAGAUACCACCAGGCUGUAAUCUAAAGAUUUUCAACAACCAGGAGUUUGCGGCACUGCUAGCGCAGUCAGUUAAUCAGGGCUUUGAAGCAGUGUACCAACUAACCAGAAUGUGCACAAUCAGAAUGAGCUUCGUCAAGGGUUGGGGAGCGGAGUACAGGCGCCAGACUGUAACCAGCACUCCUUGUUGGAUUGAGCUACAUCUCAACGGCCCCCUCCAGUGGUUAGAUAAAGUACUGACCCAGAUGGGUUCUCCUACAGUGCGCUGCUCUAGUAUGUCCUAAACGGAGAUCGAAGCAAAGUCAGACUGGCGUUCCACAAUGUCAGAACAAUUUGUCUUAAAUGAGACUACCAUGCAGUCUUAAAUAAAGUACUAAAAGUGUUUUAAAAACAAAGAACAUGUCAUACAGAAGAAGGUAGAGCAACAGCGUCUGUAAAGGACUAAAAUGGAAUUGGCCGACAUAACCAGUAGGAGAACCCGAGGUAGAAAAAGUGAUUUUCACCAUGGACAACAGCUGAGCUCUGAUCAAGGACCUGAAGCAGGACUGAGCCUUAUACUGUCCUCAGGGACACCACAGCAGUUUCGGGGAUCAAGCAACGACACCGAUUAAUCUUAGAAGCUGUCAUUCCACUGGUUCUGCUCAACUCUUUGAUUAGGCGUGACUAGUUCAGUUUACACAUUGAUGACCACCCACCUCUCCAGCUAACGUUAAACACGUCAAAACUCAAACUUUAGCAUGAGCUUUUCUGUCAUCCUUUCCGUUUUUAAAUCCCAAUAAUUCAGAUUUUAUUCCUGAUUAUCCUGGAGUGCUCCUAAAGGUGCGCAGAAAUAUAUUAACACUAACACUCUGUUUUAGACACAAAUCACCCUCUUCAAACUUGGAUCCAAGCUUAGAUCUGUUUCUUUAUUGGAUGGUGGUAAAAGAAAUGCGUAUAUUUAAAUAUAAUUACAGUGAGAUCAGUGAUGCUAAACACAGAAAAUUGAUAAAUUACGAAAUUCUAAGAGCAAGAAGAAGAGCAUACAACAUGUCACCUCACUGCAGAUGCAGUUAAACAAUCAAUUUUUUUUCUAAAGUUCUUUGAUAUCACAGUAUUUAACCCACUUUGCAUGCUCUUACUCUUUCUCUUACACUCUGUACCUGUAGCUUUCUGUAGAACUUCUACUUUCUUUCUGUCAUUGUGGGAAAGACGUUGAUAUUAUCUAAGCCCUGAUAUGGUAUGAAAUCUAGCAGUGGUUUAUAAUAGUGGUUUAUACGUAACCUUUUAGAAGAGAGAACAAGCGUCCAUCAAUGCACUAGAGAGUUUUCUCUGUAGUUUCAGAGAAUCGCUCUGAUCACACAGGGUCGCACACGUCUCUGAUACACCGGACAAGAAUUAAAACCAAACAAACACCCACAGUGGGAAACUUCGCUGCAGUCAAGUAGCGGCGGUUUACAUAAUGAAGACACACCAUAACCCUUGAUACUCAGUACAGCCAGAAGGUUUCUCAAAAUAAAAUUCAAACACUCUUUAGACAGGGUAGAAAUGACAUUUUCUACCACAUCGAUGCGCAAUAACUAAAUCUGAGAUUCCAAAUGUAUAAAAAGAUGCACAAGUUUCUCAUAUUAUAAACUAAUGCACACUUUCAAAUUAUAACAGAUUACAAUAAGUCCUCCAAAGUGGGACUUUAAUUUAUAAAUCUAUGAAAUAGCUUCUAUACUGUACUUGCACAGCCCCAAAUUAUGCACCCUUAAAAAAAAAGUUGCCUUUGAUGUCGAAUACAAUAUGCUCUGAAUCCUGUAUUUAAAGUCAACAAACAUUUUUCUCCUCCCUCUCCAGUCUCACUGUAAAGAAUCAUUUUUCUAAAUAAUCUUGACGCAUUUUGUUUGAUUUGAUUAUGAUUUUUUUUUUUUUAUUUCUCUCUUAAACCAGCAAUCUUAUUUUCUGUAAGGUAUUCCAGCUUUAAGUGUUGAACAAGCUUAGUUGUACUACACAUUUAUCAUUGUCUUUACAAAAGGUUUUAGCUACAUUUAUUUUGUACUUUUUUAAUAUAUGUAUAUGAAUAUAUUUAAAAUCUUCACUCCUCUUUUUCUUAGAUGAGUUUCUUUUGUUCUUGAGAAAAUACACCUUGAUUUGAGUAGUUACAGCUUGAUGAUGAUUCGCUUUUUGUGUGUAUUGCAAGACUUUUCAAUUUAAAGACAAAUUUUCUCCCUUCAACUCAAUUUGGUUGCUUAAAUCACAGCAAAGAGAUGUUUAUUUUUUAUUUUUAUUUUUUCAGGUGCUUCAAUUUUUUUCCUUCUAAAUGGCAGUUUAUCACAUUGUUCUAACCAACCUUUCAGCAGUAGGUGUGUAACCAAAGAAUACGUGUCCAUUGCAGUUCAAAAAUUGGCUUGAUCAGUCACACAUUACCUUUUUUUUUAGUACAAUAAAGAUAACUAAACUGUUUUUGUUGUGUAAUUCAAAAUGCUUUCGCACUGAAGAAACAUUUAUAAUUGUCAUACAACCCUGAACUUUCCUAUAUGCAGUAGGUAUGAGCCAGAAUUCGGUUUUCACAGUGUAGAAAUAAAGGCUUUAUGUUAAACAUUAGUUACACUAGUAUACUAAUUAUUAUUGGUAGAAUUUUGCCCAUACAUGAUAACAUUUUUUAAAUAAACCCUAAAUUGUGGUGCUAUUGGUCUUAAAAUAAACAUACUUAUUUAUUUGUAUGGUCAUCCUGCUCAUUAUUUAGUAUCAAUCGAUUUGAACAGGAGAAAUUAUCUAGUUUAUAAAGCCACGGGUUGUUUAUUGCUUAAUAAUGCUUGGCUUACAGCUUAUAGCUUGGUUAUGGUACUUUUCAAACAUCAUGUAAUGUGGAGUGAUGGGUGCCAUUUUUUUUCCUUUGAGGUGUACCUUUAGCAACCAGAAACAUUUAAAAAGAAACAAUUAAUUUAAGAAAGCAUGGGAAACUAAAAGGAAACAAGGAAACCCUUUUCAUUCAGCUGAUUUUACUCAAUGCCCCAUGCAGUUUGAGAACCUGGAUACUGCAGCAUUUCUGUCACCUAGCUGAAGGGACUUAAAACUAAAAAGGAAUGUUAUGACAGAGGAUUUAAAAUCCCUUGAUCAAGCCGACUGGCUCACACCUGUUCUGCAUAUAGAAACUGUCACCAGCAGCCUCAGAACUCCUUACUUACACAUUGUCUAUUUUGACUUGUUUUCUUGCACACAUUCACAACAAGCUGUAUGUUUUAAGUUCAUGCAAAUGAAUUGAUUGGAUAGAUUAAAUGCGAAAAUGACAUAUUUACUGAUGCUUACACAUUCUGUUGGUAUGCAUGCAAAAAAAACUGAAGGGAAAGUUGCACAUAAAAUAAAAUGUUAAAUUUAAUCACUGAAGGUUUUGUUAUUUUUUUUGUCCGAAGAUUCUGCGGAAACUAGAAUUUCAGCAUUUGAAUGCACAAACUUGAAAGAUUUGCGUGCAUGAGAACAGAUGCAUGUCCUGCAGAGUAACUGAUUGAGUUCCAUUUUUGCUUCUUUUAUUUUUUCUCUAAAUUUUCCUCUUACUGUUACUUUCAUCCCAUUUAUAUCUUGUCUGAUUCGUACCUUUUAAACCUGUCUUGUAUUUUGCUGGACUAGCCAAAGUCUUACAAGCUGAAACUAAAUUGUGUUUACUUUUUUUUCCACAGUUAACACAAGUGUUAGUUCUAUGCAUUGACCUAAUAGUGUUGGGACUGUAUGUGGAGGAAUUAUUCUUGGUGGUUAAACCUUUUUAUGUGCAUAUUGCCAGGAGCCAACUAGAGCCUUUGCGUUAGAAGUGUCAGACCAACCAGCUGUUCUCUUUCAGAGACGAGGCAGAACCAAAUGAGGUUGUGAAGGACACCAACACAUUCUGACAUUUGCAUUCCUACUUACAGAUCAUAUUGUAUUUUCUUCUUAUUGUGAUGACAAUUGUGUAUUUCAAAAUGAGCUUCUUUUCUGCAUAUGUCGAGCAAACUUUUUGUUUUGAUAAAGUGAAGUUCCUACAAGUCACUAGUGCUGUUGUAUAAUGUUAUUUAGCUGUUUUUCUUUUUCCAUACAUGUUCCCUCUGCUUGCUAUGAACGGAGCAUAUUCACUAGAACGCAGCCUGUUAGAAUUAGAAUUGCUUUUCCUCAAACAAUGAUCUCCGUAGGCUUUCCAACUAUCCAACAUUUACGACUUCUUACAGUGUACACUAAUAAAGCAGUUUUAC